CAAAAAAAUGGACAUAUUUGAUAUUGACAGUUAUCUCAACCGUAUUGGUUUAGUUUCUCGUGAAAAUGUUGAAAAACAAUUGAUUGACACAUGUGGCAACUCUUAUUCUCUAUUACACACCAUUUCAUGGAAUCAUGCCAUUCACAUUCCAUUCGAAAAUUUGGCAACUCUUUAUCCAGAGAUGCGCAUGUUUAGUUCAGAUUCUUCCCUCCCAGAUUCAAUCAAAGUUUCCCUCGAUCCAAAUGAUAUCUUUACCAAGCUCGUAUUGAAAUCUCGUGGAGGAUUUUGCUUUGAACAAAACUUACUCUUGGCCAGAGCUUUACGUGAAUUUGGAUUUUCUGUCACGACAGUUGGCGUGAAACUUCUCAAUCGUUUCGUAGCUCCAGAAUUGGACAGUGGAUUGCCAUUGAGUUGCACUACACACAUGGCUCUCUUGGUUGAUUGUCAAGAUGGAAAUAGAUAUCUGGUUGAUAAUGGUUUGGGAUGGGGUGGUCAACCAAGAUCUCCGCUCCUUUUAAGUAAUGGUUGUGAAAAGAGUGAAAAUACUGGCGAGGUAUUUCGUUUGGUUUUGGGAAAGAUUUUUACAAGUACGAAAUUAAAUCAUGACAAGUGGGGUUGCUACCGAUUUAAAACUGGUGCCAAUAUCAAUCAUCAAGAUGUCAAUGAAGAAAAUGGUCAACUUGUCCAAAAGAAAUGGUUUCUUCAAUAUAAAAACAAACCAGAGUCUGAAUGGUGGGAUAUCAUGCAUUUUGAAGAAGAUAAUAUCAUGUCAUUGUUAGAUGCUGAAUUGGGAGCUUGGUAUGCAACUACGAAUCCAAAUCAUGGACAAACUAAAAUAGUAUUGGUUGCCUUAAUGACUUCUGAAGGUAGAUAUUCGAUUGUUGAUAGAAAAUUCACAAUUAGAAAGUUGGGAAAUGUGACAGAGCGUACUAUUGAAAGUGAGGAAGAGUUGUGGGACAUUUUGGAAAAGUAUUUUGGAAUUAUUCGAAACCUUUAAUAAUUUUGAUUGGAGUUUUUGCUCAUGGAAUUACUUGAAAAAAUAAAAACUAGAUCUCAACGGUUAACUAUUAAAUAAU